AUGAUGUUCACAUCGCCCUUGGUGCGUGCGGUCUCGGCCCUGACGUUAACGAAUGCGGCUUUCCUGAAGCCUCGACAAGUCCCGGCACCUGUCAAUAAUGUCACGACCGUCACCUCCCCAUCUGGUGCGACAAUCCGUUACAAGGAACCCGGCAAAAACGGCAUCUGCGAGACAACCCCGGGCGUGAAGUCGUACAGUGGAUACAUCGACAUUGGUCAAGACAACCCCAGCAGGGAUCCGGUGACUCUCUGGUUGAAUGGCGAGCCCGGAAGUGAUUCACUAAUUGGCCUUUUUGAAGAGAUUGGCCCAUGCUACGUUGACGAGACUCUCAAGACCCAGCAACGUGCCAUCUCGUGGUCCAAUGCCUCGAAUUUGCUGUUCCUCUCACAGCCAGUCGGAACUGGAUUUUCCUACAGCGACACCAGUGUUGGAUACUUGGAUCCGACCUAUUUGAGCGUGUCUCCCGCGCAAAGUGGGCAAGCUGUUGGAAGGUAUUCCAUUAUCGACCCCACAAAGCUCGACACGAGCAAGUUGUGUGCGAUAGCUGCAUGGAAAUUGCUCCAGGGCUUCUAUGGCGCUCUGCCGCAGUUCAGCAAGGAGGUCACUUCGACAGACUUCAGCCUGUGGACAGAAUCGUUCGGUGGGCACUGGGGCCCGGCCUUUGCUUCCUACUUCUACGAGCAAAACGAGAAGCUUCCUGCUAACACGGAUGGGAGGAGGCUCAACUUCAAGUCUUUCGGCAUCGUCAACGGCAUAAUCGACGAGCAAAUUCAGACGAAGCACUUGCUAGAGUUCACGCAGAGCAACACAUAUGGCGUGCAGCUCAUCAAUGACACCAUCUACGACCACGGUAAAUUCAGCAUGUACAGACCUGGAGGCUGUCAGCAGGCCCAAGACAAUUGUGCGUACUUGACCAAAGACUCCCUGGUCAAGAGGAGUGGCUGCGCCGCGGCACAGUACAUCUGCCAGAAUGACGUAGAGGACCUUUACUAUACCUUUGGCGGCAAUCGUGGAGUUUAUGACAUUAGAACAUGCAACGGCAAGGAUGUCCCACCGUCACAAUGGAGGGACUUCUUGAACAAAGCGGAGGUUCAAAACGCUAUUGGGACUGAUCUCAAUUACACGUCAUCCAACCUCAUCUACACCGCCUUCUCCUUGUCUGGAGACUUCGCAGUCGGCUACAUCAACGAUCUGGAGGAGCUGCUGGGCUACGACAUCCAGGUUGCGCUAGUAUACGGCGAUGCUGACUACAUCUGUAACUGGCAGGGCGGCGAAGACAUUUCCAAGUCGGCGAACUGGACCGGUCACGAUGCGUUCAACGCGGCUGGCUACACCAAGCUACUGGUCGACGGAAAGGAAUAUGGAGAGACACGCCAGUUUGGCAAGUUCAGCUUCACACGAGUCUGGGAGGCAGGACAUGAGGUCCCGUAUUUCCAACCGGAGGCAGCGUUUGCAAUCUUCAACCGCACCUUGCACGGUCUUGACGCUGCCACGGGCAAAGUAUCAACCACUGGCAACAGCACAUAUUCGACCACGGGAACGCCCAACACUGUACACAAGCGUCAGCUAUCGCCACUCGACUGCCCCAGCACCACGUGA